AUUGAUGUCAGUGAUAGGCAGCACUAAUGGGCGGCGCUGACUGGCGGCAUUGACUGACAGCACUGACUGGCAGCACUGAUGGGCACUGAUGGGUGCAAUUGCUGGGCAGUACUGAUGAGUGGCACUAAUGGGAGCACUGCUGGACACUGGUGGGAGGCCCUGCUGGGCACUGAUCUGCACUGGUGGGUGGCACUGCUGGGUGGCACUACUGGUCACUGAUGAUCAGGGCACUGAUCAUCAGUGCCGGAAAGUGCUGCCGAUAACUGUCAACUGUAUUUACACCGUGAUAUGCUGUGGCAUUGACACAGCUAAUCACGUGGUAAAA